AUGGCACCCGGACGCUCACUCGUCUCGCUGCUAACUCGCUCAACCACAAGGACUCUCCCCAAAGAGCCAUGGGCCUCACAUCCUUCCCUCCGCGACACCUUGCGCCCAUCAAGCCAACACCGCUCUCGCUCCACCAACAGCACCUCAGCUCUCGCCUACAAAGCCGUGCACCGACGCUCCCCCCUCCCCCUCCCCGUUUCCGACACUGUCCCCUCCUAUGGGGCCGCUGCAGCGGUAUCCUCCAUCCUCUACGAAACACCCUCCAUGUCCAAAGCCCCACCUAAGAAGCACAUCCUCAACUGCCUUGUCCAGAACGAGCCGGGGGUCCUCUCCCGAAUAUCCGGCAUCCUAGCUGCGCGGGGCUUCAACAUUGAUUCCCUGGUUGUCUGCAACACGGAGGUAGAAGACCUCUCGCGCAUGACGAUCGUGCUGCGUGGUCUCGACGGUGUAGUUGAGCAGGCAAGGCGGCAGUUGGAAGAUCUCGUGCCUGUGUGGGCGGUGCUAGAUUACACCUCGGCAGCCCUGGUUCAACGCGAACUCCUCCUUGCCAAAGUGUCGAUUCUCGGCCCCGAAGUCUACGAAGAACUCAUGGAGCACCAUCGGGAGAUGACGUCUGAAGCCACUGGUGAAGAGAUGGCGGCAGAGGAGAAUGCCGAGGCUAGACUUCAAGAACUGGAGGCGCGACAACAAGGACCAUCAGGUGACGAGAAGAACGGGCUGAUUCAAAGAGCGAAAGAAGCGCUAGGCGCAGGGACAGACUAUCACCCAUCGCGACUGGCUGCCAGUCAAGCGCUGAGACACAAACACGAACAUCUCGAGGCCAUCACGCAUCUGACCCAUCAAUUUGGAGGGAAAGUGCUGGAUAUCAGCACGAACAAUUGUAUCGUCGAAAUCUCCGCCAAACCCUCCCGAAUCGACUCUUUCAUGAAACUCAUCACCCCCUUCGGUAUCCUCGAAUCGACGAGAACGGGUCUGAUGGCUCUCCCGCGCUCCCCGCUGUAUGGACCGCACGAGGAGCUGGAGAGAGACGCUGGAGAUCUGGUGGAUGCCAGUACGCUGCCUCCGGGCUGA